AUGGAAAACAGGACUUCAUUUUUUAACACAACGUCGGUUGUGGAAACAAAACAUGAGUCAAACGGUUUGCCGUUAUUUGCAAAGAUCACGAUCACUUUGAUGAUCAUCGUAUCAAUUGUGGUUACUGUUGGAAACAGUCUAGUCAUCGCUGCUAUCGUGAAGUUCGAGAGACUACGAGACAUUACUGGCGUUUUCAUCGCCAAUCUCGCCAUUGCGGACCUUAUCAUCGGCGCUUCUCUUCCCUUUCAGAUUGUGUUUUUCUUCUACCCAUCACUUGAAGCCAACAAGUAUUCUUGCCUUUUACGGUAUUUAGUUAUCAGUUUCGCGUGCAAUGCGUCGAUAUAUUCAUUGGUUUGCACAGUCUUAGACCGGUACAUUGCAAUAAUAUAUCCGUUACAUUACUAUGAAAUAAUGACAAAAAGAGUGGCCUAUAUUAUGGUCGGGUUAAUCUGGACUGUUGAUGUAAUUUUUCAAUCCAUUCCUCUCUUUGUUGUCAACGACUACGACCAGUCACCGUUCUGUCUAUACGAGGUUGUGAUGGACAAAUGGUAUAGAUGCGCAAACCUAGUGCAUGGGAUAGUGCUGGCGUUUAUAAUGUUCAUGCUAUACAUGAACAUUUUCCUUAUUGUCCAUAAGCACGUGACCCGAAUCCAAUCCGAGGCCAUCGUUCAAUCCGAGAGCCGCCAACGUCAGGUCGCAAAACAGAUGAACACGUCGAUAGCUAUGGUGGUUCUGUUCUUUCACAUUUCCUGGCUACCGUUCUUCUUAAUUCAGCUAACGAUGCUAGACGUAGGUCAAGUUACGCAGACCAAGGUGAUGGUUGCAAACUUUCUCGUGUUCCUUGGCAUUUUCAACUCGGUUGUCAACCCAUUUGUGUACGCUUGGAAAAACAAGCAAUAUCGACGGGCCUUUAGGAAGUUACUCGGAUUGAGCGUGCGGGAUGAGGACAGUGCGGUCACCGCUAUAGCCUAA